UAAUUCUCAGAAGCUCCUCCUCUUCUCCUCGAUCUUCCUCCUUCCUCUUGAACGAACUACCAUCCUCACACCUUUGACGCUCUCACGACUUCAAAACUAGCUAUCCCUUCAAGCCGUCAAUCAACCUUCCUCAGCAAUGGCUGUCCUAUUCCAUCUACAUGGCUUGCCCAUCGGGUAUAUGGCUAUUGCACUGGCCGUUGUUGCCUCGAUGGGAGGCUUCAUCUUUGGUUAUGAUACCGGUCAGAUUUCCGAUAUCCUGCUUAUGGACGACUUCCUCCUCCGUUUCGCCAAAUGUACCACUCCCGGCGAUGUCUCAACGUGUCAUUUUAGCAACGUCCGCGAGGGCCUCAUCGUUGCUUUGCUUUCCAUCGGUACUCUUGCUGGGUGUCUCAUGGGCGCACCCAUCGCCGACUUCCUAGGACGUCGGUAUGCGAUGAUUGCGGAAAGCGCUAUAUUUUGUGUCGGUGUCAUCAUCCAGAUCAGCUCGCGACAUGUCUGGCAACAAUUUGCUGUUGGCCGUAUGAUUGCUGGUUUUGGUGUCGGUGGGUUGAGUGCGGCAGUCCCGAUGUAUCAGGCGGAGGCAGCACCCAGCCAGAUUCGUGGUACUCUUACCGCAACGUACCAGUUGUUCAUCACGCUCGGUAUUCUGGUUGCCUACUGUAUAUCCAUAGGCACCCGUCACAUGUCUGGCGCAGGGUCAUGGCAGACAGUUGUCGGCAUUUCCUUUGUGUGGCCAUUCAUCCUGUCUACUGGUAUCUUGUUCAUGCCCGAAUCGCCCCGUUGGCUCACCAAGCGCGGACGCUAUGAUGAGGCGCGGCGCUCGCUCGCGCUUGCUCGUGGUGUGCCUGUGAAGGAAGCUGGCGACCACUACGUGAUCAAGCGCGAGCUUGAAGAGAUGCGCGAUGCCGUCGAGUACGAAAAGAGCGUCCAGACCGGCUGGAUAGACUGCUUCUCAUUCGAGCGCAAGCAGCUCUACCGGACGUGCCUCAUCGCGACGCUGCAGAUGUUCCAGCAGCUUACGGGUGCCAACUACUUCUUCUACUACGGUGCAACGGUCUUCAAAUCUGUCGGCAUCAGCGACUCGUUCAUUACGCAGAUCAUCCUCGGUGGCGUCAACUUCGGUUGCACAUUCGGCGGUCUGUACAUCAUGGAGAGGUUCGGCCGGCGCUGGCCGCUCAUUCUUGGCGGUAUGUGGCAGUCGGCCUGGCUUUUCGUGUUUGCGGCUGCCGGUACGGCGAAGGAUCCCACGACUAAUGAACAUAUUGGCAAGCUGAUGAUCGUCUCUGCGUGCCUGUUUAUUCUCGGCUAUGCGAUGACGUGGGCGCCCGGUGUCUGGAUUCUUGUCGGCGAGACGUUCCCUACGCGGACGCGUGCAAAGCAGGCUGCAUUGGCGACGGCAAGCAACUGGCUGUGGAACUUCCUUCUCGCAUUCUUCACGCCAUUCAUCACGGGCGCGAUCUCGUACCGAUACGGUUUCGUCUUCGCCGCGUGCAAUCUCACGGGCGCAGUGAUCGUCUACCUGUUCCUAUACGAGUCGUCUGAUCUGUCGCUCGAGAGUGUCGAUAUGAUGUACGGCGACCCGUACUGCAAGCCGUGGACGUCUAGCAAUUGGGCGCCACCGGGCUUCAGCUCGCGCAAGGACCUCCUCGAGCAGACGCGUGCGGCGGAAAUGCGCAAGCCGCUCGCUGCAGGUACUCAGGAACACUUUGAAAAGGCGGAUACAGAUAGGAACGGCGCCGCCAACCAGGCAUGAUCAAUCCCUCCCGUUUGCUCCCUAUUACUCCCGUCCCUUCUUCUAUCUCUUUCACCGCACCCCUAUUCCCUCACUCCUCGGCGGGAGUGCACUUCCCUUCUCCUCUCCCCAACCCCCCCUCUUUGGCCCUCUGGAGCUUUUC